AAGUAAUUCAAAGGUCGAGGGUUUUAUGUAAAUGUUUAUCGCGCUGGUGUUACUACGACUAUUUGUCUAUGGCCUAAAAUUUUAAUUUUGUUUGAUAUUGAAUCAGUGAUGCCAAUGUAUAUUUUUUGUAGUUGCCAAAGUGAGGUUAUUUUUUAACGAAAUUUCACUACGUUCCUUUAUUGUUAACCCACAAUGUCGCACUGGGAGCUUAAAUCAAAUAAAAACUUUGAUAAAACUCAGAGAUACAAAAGAAGACGCAGUAGUGGCGGUAGCACCGAUCAACCUAAAGAACCUAAAAUCGCCAAUUUAAGUGCUAUUAUAGUAGACAGCGGGGCCUAUUCGAUUAAAAUAGGUCAUUCUACAGAUCACACACCUGUAAUUGUACCGAACUGUAUUAUGAAAGCGAAGUCGGAACGGAAGCGACUGUUCAUAGGCAGCCAAAUUAACGAAUGUAGAGAUUGUUCCGGCCUGUAUUUUCUACUCCCUUGCGAGCGGGGUUAUGUCACCCGUUGGGAAAUUCAAAAGCCUAUUUGGGAUCAUGUGUUUAGUAGAAACGUGUGCCCCAUUAAUGACAAUCCAGUGGUCUUAACGCAGCCUCUUUUUAAUUUCAAAUCGAUACAGGACUGCAUAGAUGAAAUCUUUUUUGAAGAGUAUGAAGUGGCGUCCUUGUUUCGUCUAAAUCCCACGGAUUUAGCUUGCCUAAGGUACACUCAAGAGUUAGGAAAAAGAAAGGAGGAGUCAUGUCUUAUAGUGGAUACCGGAUUCAGUUUUACUCACAUUAUACCAUACAUAAAUGGUAAUAAAUAUCUGAGGGGCAUUAGAAGACUGAAUGUUGGCGGUAAACUUUUAACUAACCAUUUGAAGGAUAUUAUUUCAUAUCGGCAGUAUAAUGUUAUGGAAGAAACUUAUGUUAUUAACCAAGUGAAAGAGGACACUUGUUAUGUGUGUAUGGAUAUUAAAGACGAAUUGGUGGAAGCAUCAAAACCAUUUAAUGAUAAUAGAAUAAUGCGGAACUAUGUAUUACCUGAUUUUAAUAAUAUUCGUAGGGGUUUCAUUCAAGAAGUGGAGAAGGAGGGUCAAAAUCUAGAUGAAAAUUGUCAAAUAUUGAGGUUAAACAAUGAACGUUUUGUGGUACCCGAAAUUUUGUUUCAUCCGUCCGAUAUUGGUAUGAAGAGUAUGGGAGUGGCGGAAGCCGCCAUGAAAUCUAUAUUUAGUUGCCCAAAAGACCACCAAGAAAAGUUAGCACGGAACAUAGUAUUAAUAGGGGGUAGUUGUAAUUUUCCCGGUUUCAAAGAAAGAAUGUUUGCCGAACUGCGCUCAUUGCUACCGGACCUUUGGCAGAUUAAUGUCCAUCAGCCAGAUGAUCCAGUAACAUACAGUUGGCAAGGUGGUGACGCAUUGCUCAAAACUGCAGAUUUUAAUAGCUUCCUCGUGACUAGAGAAGAGUAUGAAGAGCUGGGGUCCAGUAUCAUACAACAAAGGUUUAAUAAUUGGAUGACUGACAAUUCCCUGGAAGAAAAAGAGCAAAAGAUCAAGAAAGAGCCCUUCAGUUACCUGGAGAAAGUCAAGUCCAGGAGUAUAUUUGGUAAACAGGAACCCAACGGUUCCGGUUUGGAAUCGAAACAAAGCGAUGCGGCGUGUUUCAGGCAACCGGAUUUAUUAGAUGAGCCGAGCUCUUCCGGGUCGCCAGAGGGAGACGCGUUUAGUAACAACUCGGAAGAAAUGUCUCGACACAGCGUUGCUAGUUCGGAAGUUGAAAAUGCCAAAAGUAGUAGAAAAAAAAAUGACAUUGGGGAAACAGAUAGUUUAGAACUGGGCGAUGGCGAAGAUUUGACCCAGUCGGUGGAACUUUUUCCGUUCGGUACCGAUUCGUAUCUAUAGCAUAUGUUUGUUUGUGAUGAGUGAUAAUUUUUCCAUACUGUUAUUAAUUGAAAUA